AUGGAAGGAAAGUCACCACUAUACGAAGCCGCAUGCAGCGGAAAUCUCGACCUGGUCAAUACUCUCAUCGAGAGCGGCGCAGAUGUCCAGGAGACCAACGAUCACGGCUGGACGCCUAUUAACGCUGCAUCGGACGAAGGCCACAUCGAGGUGGUAAAGCUACUACUCGAGCAUGGAGCGAACGCCAAAAAACAAUCCGACACAGGCUGGACGUCGGUACAUUCAGCUUCUGAUAGUGGCCAUGCCGGUAUUGUCAGACUUCUUCUUGAGCAUGAUGUUGACAUUACGAUUCCAAAUGUGGAAGGGAGUACACCUGUUCACUCUGCUUCUGCAUUUGGUCAUAUUGAAGUGGUGAAGCUACUCUUAGAGCAUGGCGCAGAUAUCACUGUCGCUGAUGAGCGAGGUUGGCUGCCCAUUCACGCUGCAUCGGGAGGCAAUCAUGUCGAUGUAGUGAAGCUUCUGCUCGAGAAUGAUGCAGACUUGACAAGUCAAACCCAAGGUGGAGACCCCCCACUUAGUGUGGCUUCUCACGAGGGUAACAUCCAUGUGGUGAAGUUGUUGUUGGAGCAUGGCGCGAAUGCGAUGAUUCCGGAUAAAGAUGGAUGGACACCUGUCCAUUUAGCUUCAGGGAAUGGUCAUUUAGAAGUAGUGAGCCUACUACUUGAGAAUGGAGCAACUGCCACACUUCCAAUUAACGAUGGGAGAACACCCAUCUUAAUGGCCGUGGCUGGUGGUCACAUCGACGUGGUCAAGUUGCUUCAUGACCACGACGGCGAUUUUGCGACCCAAGCUAAUAGCGGUUUCACCCCUCUAUCCAUGUCCGUCUACGAUGGGAAUACUCAAUUAGUGAGACUACUUCUCGAGUGGGGAGCUGACCCCAACACACCACGAAUUCACGGAUCUACCCCAUUGUCUAUUGCUUCAUUCAAUGGGUAUAUGGAGGUGGCCCGACUACUGCUGGAUCACGGCGCAGAUCACACGAUUCCAAACGAGAACGGGCGGACACCUCUUUGUUUCGCCUCCGACAUGGGUCAUAUAGAGGUGGUGAAACUACUUUUAGAAAGAGGCGCCGAUCCAACAGUGAGAAUCGACGAUGGAAGCACCCCUCUACUGCUCGCCGUCAUUGACGGCUACACCGAGAUUGCCAGGCUACUUCUGGACAAAGGUGCUGAUACCGAUGUUCCAGGUCCCCUCGGAAUCACACCUCUGGGUAUGGCUGCCUGCGAGGGAUACAUCAAGAUUGUGCAGCUCCUUCUUGAUCAAGAGGCAGAUAUCGCUGCUGUGGAUGAGGAUGGAAGCACAGCACUACAUGCCGCUUCGAGGAAGGGACACACAGAUGUAGUCCGUUUACUUCUUGAGCAUGGUGCGGAUGUGAGGUUAGCAGAUAAACGGACGAAAAGCACACCAAUACAUUUGGCCUCUUUCGGUGGAUUCGUCGAUGUGGUCAAAUUGCUGUUUAAUGAGGGUGCAGACAUCACCGCUGUGGCCGAUGAUGGAAGCACCCCGCUACAUUAUGCCGCUUUUAAUGGAAAAGUCGAGGCAGCUAGGCUACUGCUAGAGGUUUCGAGUGAGGGUCUUGAUACUGGCGAUCUCUAUGCUCGAACUCCACUUUUCUGGGCCACAGCUUGCGGCCAUGAUGGCGUUGCCGAGCUUUUGCUUUCUCAUGGAAGCUCUGUGGAUGCCAGAGAUCACUACGGCGCAACACCUCUAUUGGUGGCAGUGAGAAACGGGAAUGAAAAGGUUGUGAAACGACUAAUAUCACUGUCAAAAGUGGAUGUCAACUCAAAAGACGUCCUGGGCCGGACGUUACUUGAGUGGGCGUCGAAAAGUGGAAAACCGGAAAUUGUCCAGAUCGUUCGCGAGCAGGCUGGGAUAUCUCAUGAAGAUGACUCUGAGAUCAAGUUAGAUGAUUCGUCUGUCCUCAAUGAUUUCCAAACGGGAUACGAUUGGUUAUGUGAUGUGUGUACGCGGGCAUCCUUGGGUAAAGAGUCAUCAUACCAGUGUGUCAAGUGUGCUGACUUCACGAUUGAUGUAUGCGUGGAAUGUUUUGAGGCUGGUGCUCGAUGUCUAAACUUGUCUCAUGAGUUGACGCUGCAUCGGCGCGAUGAGCCAACCUGA